AUGAAAAGUGAUAGCGAAGAUGAAUUAGAUACUCUUGAUGUUGAUAAUGGAAAAUUUGCGGGUAAAAAAAUCAAUGACGACAAAGAAAUCGAAGAAGAAGAAGAAGAAGAAGAAGAAGAAGAAGAAGAAGAAGAAGAAGAAGAAGAAGAUGAUGAUGAUGAUGAUGAUGAUAAUGGUGAUGAUGAAAGCGAAGAGGAAGAACCAGAGAAAAAAAAACCUAAGAAAGAUGAUAGUGAAAACUCCAGUUCCAGCAAUGCUGCUGCAAGAUUAGAACAAAAAAAAUUAUUGAACGAAAGAAAACUUAAACGUAAGUCUGGUGUUGAAAUUCAAAAAAUUAAGAUAAUUUGGGAAAAACUAAGAAGCACAUCAUUGAAUAAAGAACUUAAAAAAAAAUAUUCUGAAGAAAUAUGGAAUUUGUCAAAAGAUUGUCUUGAAGAUUUAAUUUUAAAGCAUGAUGCAUCCAGAAUAAUCCAAACAUUGAUCAAGUAUUCUUCAAAGGACCAAAUUUUAGAAAUUGUUAAUGAGUUAUCGAAUUCCAACAAGAAAAAUAAGGAUAGUCAUAAUUUUUUUUACAAGUUGUCCACAAAUACUUAUGGGAAAUAUUUGUUGAUCAAAUUAUUGCAUUAUGGUUCAAGAGAUUCUAAUCAAAUUAUAAUUGAUAAUUUGUAUGGAAGUUUUAAAAAAUUAAUCAAGCAUAAAGAAGGUGCAUAUGUAUUGGAGGAUAUUUAUGUUUUGUAUUCAAAUUCAUUGCAAAAGAGACAAAUAUUAAGGGAGUUUUAUGGGAAUCAAUUUUCUAUAUUAGCAUUUAAUAAGAAAGAAGAUUUAAAGACAAUUGAAACAAUUGAAGAAAUUUGUUUUGAAAACGAAGAUAAAAGAAUAUUGAUAUCUAAAAAUUUAUUUAAAAUAAUUAGUUCUGCUAUCGAUAAGGGUUCUACUGGAUUUCAAAUUGUACAUGGGAUUAUAUUAGAGUAUCUUAAGAUUGCAAAUCAAAAAGAGAUUGAGGAAUUAUUAGAGAUUGUUAAUGAUCAAAUAGCCGAGUUGAUUCAUACUAGAGAAGGAUGUGAGUCGUGUAAAAUCUUGAUUUCACAUAGUAAUAAUAAAAAUAAAAAGAAAAUUAUUAAGAAUCUUAAAUCACACUUUAAGAAAUUGAUAACAAAUGAAUAUGGAUAUUUAAUUGGGAUUUUAAUAUUUUGUACGGUUGAUGAUACAAAUUUAAUUUGUAAAAAUUUAGUCAAUAAAGACAAUAUUGAUAAAGAUGUUUUGCUUGAUAAGAAUGGCAGAAAAUCAUUAUUGUAUUUAAUUUGCAAUGGAUUCAAUUCAAGAUAUUUUCCACCAUCGUUUAAAAAGGAAUUGGAUAAGUAUAUUAAAAUAUCUAAGGAAGAGUUGAAAAACAGUAAAAAACCCCAGGAAUCGAUUCGGAAAGAGAUUUUCAAAAAAAUUGAAUUGAGAUUAUAUGAGAUAAUUUACAAUGAUUUUGAACUAAUCUUCAAUGAAAAUAUUGGUAUCCAAUUGAUAUCCGAGUUAAUCUUAUCGCCAAUAAAGAGUGAUGGUAAGGAUGUCAAAGAGGCAAAAGAUCAGUUGAUUGAUUCAAUUUUACUAAAAUUUUCGGAUAACUUGGACUUUGUUAAGGAAAAUAAAUUUUCGGUGCGUUUUUUAAAACUAUUGAUUAGUGGUGGACACUUUAAUUUCAAAGAGAAGAAAAUCGAGAAAAUCAAGGAGUUUGAUAAUAUUGAAUUUUGCAGAAAAUUCAUAGAAAAAGUUAUUUUUAGCAACGACAAAAGUUUGGUCAAUUGGAUCAAGUCUGACGGCAGUUUUGUAGUGUUAUCGCUCUAUGAAAAUUUGGUUGGAAACAAGCUGGCUCGAAGCAAUGAGUUGAUGGAAGAUUUCUUGCAGAGUGUUGAGGGAUUGAAGAAAGAGAUCAAGAAGAUCAGCGAGUCAGAUAGUAAAAAUAAAGGAGCACAAUCGCUAUAUAAAUUGUUGAAAUAG